AUGGCCACUGGAAGUGCCCUCGUCACCAUCGUCACCUCCACCUAUUCCAUGAUCUGGCCGCGCCACUGGGAGAAAGCCGAACACAGAGUUGUGCAGCCGGUGAUGUCACCAAGGGAUUGCUGUGAUGAACAUCCGUCGAUAGCACUGCCUCCUCCUCCAUAUCGUGCCCAGGUAACUACCUUCGGUGCUGAUUGUCGCCUCACAUUUCUGUCAGAGCCUUGGUUAGUAGCAGAUUUCUUGGGAGUUCAGAUCAGAAUAAUAGAUCGCAAGCAGAAAGUGCCUUAUGAUGGUGCCAAGUGGGACCUUCUUUGGUCUGAUCCAGAGGGUGUUGUAGAUGGCUGGGCAUUAAGUCCUCAAUAUGCAGAGAAAGGUUUGAUUUCAUCUCAUGUAACGACACUGAUCAAGAUGUACACCGCCAGGAAGAAGAUCUGGAAGAACAAGGGCGUCAAGCCCUCCAAAUUCGAGGUUAGCGUCGCGCAGGCUUUAUUUCACGUGAAGAAAGGCAAUCAGGAGCUCAGGGAUGACCUCAAGGACAUGUACAUCAACACUGCAAUUGGAGCGGGCUGUAGAGCUCGCCGGCGUGCUACGCCGCAACCGACGAGGCACGGGGAAGUCGGCAUGAGGCGCCGGGAUAGCAUGAUGAUGAAGCUGCUGGUGACGCGGCCGAUCCCGGUGGCCGUGGAGAUCACCGGCGCUAGCACCCGCGUCAUCGAGGUCCUCAACCCCGAGGACGACUACAUCUGGAUCCACGAUUACCACCUCCUGGCGCUCCCCUCUUUCCUGCGCCGCCGAUUCAACCGCCUCCGCAUCGGGUUCUUCCUGCACAGCCCCUUCCCAUCAUCGGAGCUCUACCGUAGCCUGCCCGUCCGUGACGAGAUCCUCAAAUCCUUGCUCAACUGUGAUCUCAUUGGCUUCCAUACCUUUGAUUACGCCCGCCAUUUCCUCUCUUGCUGCAGCCGCAUGCUCGGAAUCGAGUACCAAUCCAAGAGAGGCUACAUUGGGCUCGAUUACUUUGGCCGCACUGUGGGGAUAAAGAUCAUGCCUGUUGGGAUUAACAUGAUGCAGCUUAAAUCGCAGCUCCAGCUUCCUGAUCUGGAGUCGCGUGUUGCAGAGCUACGGAAGCAGUUUAACGGGAAGACUGUCUUGCUUGGUGUGGAUGAUCUGGACAUAUUCAAGGGGAUUAACCUGAAGAUUCUUGCGUUUGAGCAUAUGCUCAAGACACACCCAAAAUGGCAGGGCCGAGCAGUGCUAGUGCAGAUUGCAAACCCAAGGGGUGGUAGUGGUAAGGACGUGCAAGGAUUAAAGGCUGAGAUCGAGGAAAGUUGCACGAGGAUUAAUGAACAGUUUGGGCGGUCGGGGUAUAGUCCCGUGGAGCUUGUUAAUAGGACUUUGUCGAGUGUGGAAAGGAUGGCAUAUUACACUGUGGCUGAGUGCGUCGUUGUUACUGCAGUGAGGGAUGGGAUGAACCUCACACCAUAUGAGUACAUUGUGUGUAGACAGGGGAUUCCUGGUUUGGAUGGUGGUGAUGCACCAAAGAGGAAGAGUAUGCUAGUCGUGUCAGAAUUCAUAGGUUGCUCGCCAUCAUUGAGUGGAGCAAUCCGGGUGAACCCUUGGAACAUUGAUACAACAGCAGAGGCAAUGAACGAGUCCAUUGCUUUGUCAGAGAAUGAAAACCAAUUGCGCCAUGAGAAGCAUUAUCGAUAUGUCAGCACACAUGAUGUUGCCUAUUGGUCUAAGAGCUAUAUUCAUGAUCUGGAGAGAAGCUGCAGGGACCAUUUUAGGAGGAGGUGCUGGGGUAUUGGACUUGGAUUUGGAUUUAGAGUGGUUGCUCUAGACCGCAACUUCAAAAAGCUUACUGUGGAUUCUAUUGUUGCUGAUUACAAGAAGUCGAACAGCAGGGUUAUACUUCUGGACUAUGAUGGAACUCUAGUACCACAAACUACGAUCAAUCGAACUCCAAAUGAGACUGUUGUUAACAUCAUGAAUGCUCUGUGUGCUGAUAAGAAGAAUGUUGUUUUCAUUGUAAGUGGAAGAGGUAGGAGUAGCCUUGAGAAGUGGUUCAACUCUUGCCCUGAGCUUGGCAUUGCGGCUGAACAUGGUUACUUUAUGAGUAGAAAAAAGCAGUAUAUGUUUGUGGACCAAUUCAAGAGUUCACAAAAUGAGAGGCUGUACCCUAGUAGUUCUCAUGUUAGCCAUGAGUCAUGCAUUGAAGCUGUAACUCCGCAUUUACCAUGGAUGGAUUUUGUGCGGGAAACAGUGGGGGAGAAACCUACUGUCAAUGGAUCUACUGAGUACUUACCAUUGCAUGAACAUUCAUGUGUCAACCUCAUCGGGCUAAACUUGGAUAGGGAAACUUUCUUUCGGUUAGGGCGAACCAGAGAUGAGCAAUGGCAAAUAAAUAACCAGUGCUCAGAGUUUGGAUGGAUGCAAAUGGCUGAGCCAGUAAUGAACCUGUAUACAGAAGCUACUGAUGGAUCGUAUAUCGAAACCAAAGAGAGUGCUUUGGUCUGGCACCACCAAGAUGCUGACCCUGGUUUUGGAUCUGCACAAGCAAAAGAAAUGUUAGAUCAUUUGGAGAGUGUUCUUGCCAAUGAGCCAGUCUCUGUGAAGAGUGGCCAACACAUUGUAGAGGUUAAACCUCAGAGUGUCAGCAAGGGAUUUGUCGCGGAGAAGAUCCUAUCGAUGCUGACAGAGAAUAAAAGACAAGCAGAUUUUGUCCUCUGCAUAGGUGAUGAUCGAUCAGAUGAGGAUAUGUUUGAAGGAAUAGCUGAUAUUAUGAGGCGGAGCAUUGUUGAUCCCCAAACCUCGCUCUAUGCCUGCACAGUCGGCCAGAAACCAAGCAAGGCCAAGUAUUAUUUGGACGAUACUAAUGAUGUUUUGAACAUGCUCGAGGCACUUGCAGAUGUAUCAGAGGAGGUUGGUUCACCAGAAGAAUCGGAGAUACUUUCUCCGUCCGAGGAGGCAUGA